UGACGUUGUUUACUGCUGAUAGAAACAUUGUCCGCAACAUGGCAGUAGAAGUAGCGCGAUAUUUAAAAGGAGGGGAGGUUAAAGAGAUAUAGAUUUCAUUUUGCGUCUAAUCUACGGUGUUAAGUAAUCGUUUUUGUAGAUAGUUUGAGAAAAAUGGGUGGAUUAUUUUCCAGAAUAUUUUCAAGCCUUUUUGGUGCCAAAGAAACAAGAAUACUUAUAUUAGGAUUGGAUGGAGCUGGCAAAACUACAAUAUUAUACAGGUUGCAAGUUGGCGAGGUUGUGACAACAAUCCCAACUAUUGGUUUCAACGUUGAGAGUGUGACAUACAAAAAUUUAAAGUUCCAAGUUUGGGAUCUUGGAGGCCAAACUAGCAUCAGGCCAUACUGGAGAUGUUAUUAUGCUAACACUGAUGCUGUGAUAUACGUUGUUGAUAGUCAAGAUAAAGAUAGGAUUGGAAUUUCAAAGCAGGAACUGCUCGCUAUGUUAGAAGAAGAAGAAUUAAAAAAAGCUAUUCUUUGUGUGUUUGCUAAUAAACAGGACAUGGAAGGAGCAAUGACAGCUACAGAAGUUUCAAACGCACUUGGACUAUCAUCGUUAAAGACGAGGACGUGGUCAAUAUUUAAAACCUCUGCAACGAAGGGUGAAGGGCUCGAAGAAGCGAUGGAUUGGCUUGUCGACGCUCUGAAAUCUCGACAAUGAGUUUAUGGCGUUAACACGUAAUAAAAUCGGUUUCCGUAAUAUCUGAUAUGACAGAAUCAGAUCAUAUACUGAUGUCUUUAAGAUACUUUAAGUUGCUUGUGUCAUUCACAAGAAAGAGCAGCAACGAUUGAAGCAUUGCGUACAGCUCUGUGAAAAACUUUCGGUUGUUUUUGUUUUCAGUGAUAUGGGUUUACUUAAAGUUAAAUUUUCGUGUUUUGCGUAUUUAUUUAAAUUGUAUAAUUAUAUCGGUAGCACAAUCUUGUAUAUAUCACUUGCAUAAUUCGAAAUAUAAAUGUUUUUUUUGGCAUG